AUGGACGCCGAGUACCCUGCCUUCGAGCCCCCGCUCUGCAGCGAGCUCAAGCACCUGUGCAAGCGGCUCCAGGAGGCGUACCGCGAGCUGAAGGAGGACCUCACGCCUUUCAAAGAUGACCGCUACUACAGGCUGGCGCCCAUGCGGCUCUACACGCUCUCCAAGCGCCACUUUGUCCUCGUGUUUGUCGUCGUCUUCGUCUGUUUUGGCCUGACUGUCUUCAUUGGGAUCAGAGGGCCCAAAGUAAUCCAGACGUCUGCAGCUAAUUUUUCACUAAAUAACAGUAAAAAGCUGAAGCCAAUUCAGAUCCUUUCAAAUCCAUUGUCUACAUAUAAUCAGCAACUAUGGCUGACAUGUGUUGUGGAGUUGGAUCAAUCAAAAGAAACAUCUAUUCAGACAAGCUUCCUCAUGACUGUUAAAGUUGACGGUGUAGCUCAAGAUGGAACCACCAUGUUCAUUCAUAACAAAGUUCACAAUCGGACAAGGACCCUCACCUGUGCGGGGAAGUGUGCAGAAAUUAUUGUGGCCCACCUGGGCUACUUGAACUACACGCAGUAUACCGUGAUUGUGGGAUUUGAACACCUGAAGCUGCCCAUCAAGGAAAUGAACUUCACGUGGAAGACUUAUGACCCUGCAUUUUCCCAAUUGGAAAUUUGGUUCCGAUUCGUCUUUGUGGUGCUUACCUUCAUUGUCACUUGCCUGUUUGCACAUUCCCUCCGGAAGUUUUCCAUGCGAGACUGGGGGAUGGAGCAGAAGUGGAUGUCCAUUCUUUUGCCUCUGCUGCUGCUUUACAAUGAUCCGUUCUUCCCCCUCUCCUUUCUGGUGAAUAGCUGGGUUCCGGGCAUGCUGGACGAUCUCUUUCAGUCCAUGUUCCUAUGUGCCUUGCUGCUCUUCUGGCUCUGUGUGUAUCAUGGGGUACGCGUCCAGGGAGAAAGGAAGUGUUUGACUUUCUAUUUGCCUAAAUUCUUCAUUGUUGGACUAUUGUGGUUGGCUUCUGUCACACUGGGAAUAUGGCAGACAGUUAAUGAAUUACACGAUCCAAUGUACCAGUAUCGAGUUGACACAGGAAAUUUUCAGGGAAUGAAGAUUUUCUUCAUGGUGGUGGCAGCUGUGUAUAUUUUGUACCUUCUGUUCUUGAUAGUGCGGGCCUGUUCCGAGCUACGUCACAUGCCUUAUGUAGAUCUCAGGUUAAAAUUUUUGACUGCAUUGACUUUUGUAGUGCUUGUCAUUAGCAUCGUCAUCCUUUAUUUAAGGUUUGGAGCACAAGUAUUACAAGACAAUUUUGUAGCUGAACUGUCAACUCACUACCAGAAUUCAGCUGAAUUCUUAUCUUUCUAUGGCUUGUUGAACUUUUACCUCUACACUUUGGCCUUUGUGUAUUCUCCAUCGAAGAACGCCCUGUAUGAGUCCCAGCUGAAAGACAACCCUGCAUUCUCCAUGCUGAAUGACUCUGACGAUGAUGUGAUCUAUGGGAGUGACUAUGAAGAAAUGCCCCUGCAGAACGGCCAGGCCAUCCGGGCACAGUACAAGGAGGGCUCGGAGACCGACUGAGCUCCGGGCCGCUGGCGGGCCGGGCCGACGCUUUCCCGCAGCGCCGCUUCCUGGCCUUCCCCGCCCCUGCUGGUGUUCAGGCUUGUCUCAUAAGCAGAGAUUUUCUGGUCCUUCUUUGUUU